CAAAUGAAGGGAAGAAAUUUGCUUAGCUGGGGGUAGAAUAUAUUUAGAUUAUAAAAGACCCUUGUUUACCUUUGUGUACGUGUUUUUCAAAAGCUGGAAUAAAAUUAAUUAUAUUCUGUCAACUGUGUUAUUCUUUUUCGGAUAAGUAAUAUUAAAAUGUUUCCGGCGUCAAACAGGUUAGAUUCGAUUGUCUAAAAUCGACUGCUGAAAUAUUAAUUCGCGUUGAAAACAGUGACAGAAGAUAAUUUACUAUGGGUGUGUACCGAGGCGGUAGUGGUGGUAACAAAAGAACAGUAAGGAUCCUCCUGGUUGGUGAUCCUGGAGUGGGAAAGACUUCUUUAAUUUUAUCGCUAGUCAGUGAAGAAUUUCCUGAAGAAGUUCCCCCAAAAUGUGAAGAAAUUACAAUACCUGCAGAUGUGACUCCAGAGCAAGUUCCAACCAAUAUUGUGGACUAUAAUGCGGCAGAGCAAUCAGAUGAAAGUUUGGAAGCUGAAAUGCGUAAAGCCCAUGUGGUAUGCGUAGUAUAUUCAGCACCCGAUAAAGAAUGUUUGGAUAGAGUGAUAUCUCAUUGGUUACCGUUAAUACGAGAAUGCUGUUCAGAACCUAGAGAUAAUGAUGACAGUGGAAAUAGCUCACAUGCUACAAAGCCAGUUGUGCUCGUUGGGAAUAAAGUUGAUUUGGUUGAAACUAGUACGAUUGAUAAUGUUGUCACAAUUAUGGAAGACUUCCCAGAAGUUGAAAGUUGCAUUGAGUGUUCUGCAAAAACGCUCAAGAAUAUUUCAGAGAUGUUUUAUUAUGCUCAAAAAGCAGUUUUGCAUCCUACAUCACCUUUAUUUGUCAUGGAAAAUCAAGACUUAACAGAACCGUGCAAACAAGCUUUAAUAAGGAUAUUCAAAGUUUGUGAUAUUGAUGGUGAUGGAUUAUUAAAUGAUUAUGAAUUGAAUCAUUUUCAAAGAAGGUGCUUCAAUGCUCCUUUGCAACCACAGGUUUUAGAUGAAGUCAAAGCAGUCUUACAACAUAAUGUACCAAACGGUAUAGAAAAUGAUUCUGUAACAUUAAAAGGCUUUUUGUUCUUACAUAUCCUAUUUAUACAAAGGGGUAGAAAUGAGACCACUUGGGCUGUGCUUAGAAAGUUUGGGUAUGAUGAAAAUUUGGAAGUCAGCCGUGAAUAUUUAUAUCCACAGCUAAAAGUGCCAUCAACAUCUUCUACUGAAUUAUCCCACAGGGGAUCUCGAUUUCUUUCACAUUUAUUUGAUAGACAUGAUAAAGAUAGAGACGGAGCACUCUCGCCAAAAGAAUUAGCGAAUGUAUUUAGUGCAUGUCCUAAUGGUUUGUCACCUUGGGCUAAUGGAAGGAAUUCUUGUGAUAUUGUACCAACGAAUGAAAUGGGUUGGUUAACACAUCAUGGAUGGCUUUGUCAUUGGACUUUAUUAUGUUUAACAAACCACUUAAAAUAUCUUGAAUAUCUUGCAUAUCUUGGAUACAAUAUUCAUGAAAAUGACUCACAAUUAACAGCUAUACAAGUAACUAGAGAGAAACGAUUAGAUUUAGCAAAGAAACAAACAUCGAGAAAUGUUUUCACUUGUCAUGUUAUUGGACCACAGGGCUCUGGAAAAACUGUAUUUUGCCAAAGUUUUAUCAAAGAUGAUCCUCAGAAAGUGUUUGAUGAGUCGCCACGAUAUUGUGUAAAUACUGUUCAAGUUUAUGGACAAGAGAAAUUUUUAGUAUUACGGGAUGUUGAAGUCAGACAGUUAACAGAUCCUUUGAUGCCUGAUGAAGUGAAUUGUGAUGUUGCCUGUUUGCUUUAUGACACCUGUGAUGAUAAGUCAUUUGAGUACAUUGCUAGAAUUUACAUCAAAUAUUUUGCACAAUCAUCUAUCCCAGUUCUUAUUGUGGCAACGAAGUCGGAUCUAGAAGAUAUAAGACAAGAUUACGUACUACAACCAGAUCAGUUUUGCGAAAAGUAUAAAUUGCUGCCUCCACAAAGAUUUGCUUCAGGAAGUAAAAAUAUAAUGGGAGACAGCAUUCGUGAUGUUUAUGUGAAACUAGCUACAAUGGCUGCUUUUCCGAGAUUUCAGGCUGCUUGGAUUUUGUUCUACAAGCACAGGUUCGUACAGUUGUGCCAGCAUGCCACUCAUCUCAAAUAUUUUGGUCUUUCGCCUGAUGAACCGUUAUUAUGGUGGAAAGCUGGACUUGGCCUGGCCGCUGCUAGUGUUUUGGGUUAUUUUGUUAUGAAAAUAUUCUCCAGUAAUAAUACAUCAAGCCCUAGGUUUAGAUAGUUAUUAAAACUAUAAUGGGAAGAAACAUAAUUAAUACAGAAAAUCUUAUCUAAACGAAUAUCUCAGAAAUGUAUUUAUAGAAAA